GCACAAUACUUACUGGGCCGAGCUCUAUCCCCUCAACCACGUAACCCUAUUUAUAAGGUUUUUAGGGUUUAAUCAUUCUCCAUUCUCCAUUCUCUGAUACACAGCAGCAGCAGCAACAGCAACAACAACCUACAGCUGCAGAUUUUUCUCACCGGAAGAAUGGAAUCUGUAACCAAGCAUGCAAUUGUGAUUAAAAUCAUGGGUCGUACUGGAUCCAGGGGGCAGGUGACUCAGGUGAGAGUCAAGUUUCUUGACGACCAGAACAGGUUUAUCAUGAGAAAUGUCAAGGGACCAGUCAGAGAGGGUGAUAUUCUCACAUUGUUGGAGUCUGAGAGGGAGGCAAGGAGAUUGCGCUGAGCCCAUAAUUAUGAUUGCCAUAUCGAGUAGUUGAUUAUUGGCUGGGAUUUAUUUCCUAUUUAAUAGUCUUUGAUUUUGUUUGCUUAGACUCUAUAAUUUUGAAUAUGUUGAUUUUGUUGCACUUUAUGUUUCUGGAAUAGUUUCAUGUUAAAAUUUUGCUAGCAUUGCGUCAAUGGCAACAAGUAAUGGUUCUUAUUUGUUUUCGUGUGUGUCCAUGUAUUGCGUUGUUGAAUCUUUUCCAGUGUUCCUUGUGUGUGAUAUUGGUGCUUUGUCAAAGGGAGUGGUUUUAUGAGAAUUCAAAAUGGUUAAGAGAACAUAAUUUAAUGUUA